ACAAAACAAAUACUUCUCGCGAAUGGUUCUACUUUUUGCAUGAAAUCGGAUCGGAUCGGUGACCGACUUUCUCUGAAAUCGAUCGACGAGAUCGAAGACCAAAGAAAAAUUUUCAAAGAAGGAAUUUAAUCAAAAAACGAAAAAAGAAAAAAAAAUCGGUACAAGUCAAAAACAAAAAAAAAAGAAAAGAAAAGAAAAAACGAACAAACAAAAAAGAAAAAGAAGAAAAGAAACAAUGAAGUGUUGCGGUGAAUGAAACGAAUCAAAAUCUUCUUUCAGAUCUUUCACAGGAUUCUCACAAGAUUUUGAAGUGCUAAAGUAAAGUCGUCCAACACGAGUGUCGUAUUUGAACGGGAUAGUGUAGUGAAAAGAGAAAAAAAGAGAAAAGAAAAAAAUAAAGAAAAUAAAAAACAAAAGAAAGGGUGACGGAAAAAGGGACGGGAACGUCCAUUUAGAAAUUCCUGUCCCUUCGAAAGGAUGAUGAGAUCAUUGUUAAUAAAAAGUAUACGAAGGAGGAGAAAGCAGGCAGUUGUUCUAACUAUGGGGUAGAAGAAAUGUACCCCGGAAGGUCGAGUUGGGCCCGGGGCGUUCUUGCCCUCGGUGCUGGGAGUUUGCUUCUCCUGGCCCUUCAAUGGAGGAUCGAUGAGAUUCGCGGAGAGAAGGGAAGAACUACUACUUCGACUUGGGACAUAAAAGAAAGGGAUGUAGAAAAUGGCGACUUAGAAAAUCGAGCGAUCGCUAGAUCGACGAUUACUACGAUCGAGGAAGAUAAAAACGAAAAAAUUACUUUUGCGUAUCAAUGGUCGAAUAUUCGAAUAAAAAGAGAAAAUGAAAAGAAAAGUAACGGUAAAGAUCGUCGUCAUAAAGACGACAAACGAUCGAGCUGGUUCUCGAGUACAAUGGAUCGAUCGAUCGAUGAUCGAGAGGAAGAAAUUGUUACUUCCGGUUUAUCUUCAAGAAAAAAAAAUAACAUUAACAAGAACGACGUCGACGAUGACGAUGACGAUGACAACGACAUUCUCUUUCCAACGUCGUUGCCGAUCGAGCAGAAAAUCAAAGAUGACAUCGAAGAAAACAACUUCCUUCUUCCUGACCAAGGAGUUUCUCUACCGAUCGAACGAUCUUUGCACUUGUCACGUGCCAACGAGAGAGAAGACCCGACAUUGGGAAGGAGUACGAAACAUUUUACUGGAAUGCAGAAGGACCGGAUGCCUUUUUUUCGUGAGAAUCUCUCAAGAUCGUUCAAUGAACUCAAACGAGAUGACAAUAACCAUAAAUAUGUUAAUUCAAAAAACGUUAUAUCCUCCAAUUUUUCCUCUAAUGAAAAAUUUCCAAAUAAAACGAUUAAUUCGAUUAAAAAUAAUAAAAAGUCAUUGAUAGUUCGACUUUCUCACAGUUUUACUUUGGAUCGUCGCAAAAGAUAUACGAAUUAUUAUUCCCUACAAUCAGCAAUACCAAUGGCUUACGUUCACAUUCAACCGUCGUAUCCGGUGGCACCGUCACCCCCGCCCCCUAGCCGGAAGUGCAUACGUUGCAUGGUCGUCUACAAGCCGUGUCCUUCGCCACCGAGACAACCACCGAGAAUCGUCCUUCCGACUUACAAGUACCAAGAACCGGCCUCGAAGUGGCAUGGUCUCAAGUAUGGUACAAGUCGAUAAUUCUUUCGAGAUCGA